AUGGAAGAGGUGUGGAAAGACAUAAACCUUGCAACCUUAAAUGAGCAAGUCACACGCCCCACCACUACCCAAUCCAACUUGGGAGGGGUAAUCCUCCAAGACUUUCUCGCUCGACCCUUCACCAUUGACCCACCAAACACCAUUCUUUCCUCACAAACACCCUCUCUCUACUGCUCCCCCUCCUCCCCGGCCCCACCGCUCCUCACGGCUCUCAGCCUUAGCUCUCACCCCCACCUCUAUUUCGACCCUCUCACUCCCAAACCCUCACACCCCCACCACCCUCUACCCUCCACCCUCUCUUCUUUCACCACCCCGCCCCCCACCUCCUUAGGCGCCAAAAGAUUCGCAGAACCCGAUUGCAACCUCGGCGACAGAAGAAACAAGCGCAUGAUCAAGAACCGCGAGUCUGCUGCACGAUCGCGGGCUAGGAAACAGGAAAAUUUAGCUUCAUUUUUUUGCUCCUUAAUUUUUCCGACGGCUUAUACGAACGAACUGGAGGUAGAAGUUGAGCAAUUAAAGGAAGAGAAUGCAAGACUCAAAAGACAGCAAAAACAGUUGAGUGAUGUUGCAGCCAGUGAGAAAAAGAAGAAGGGUAGCCUAUAUCGAGCAUCUACGGCUCCAUUUUGA